CUGCUGUCAAAUUAUUUCUUGGGCGCUCGAUCAGACACAGGGUCGCCCCGAAUCCUCCUCUUCUUCAUGACCAUUUCAUCGCUUGCAGAUUGAGAAUUUUUUUUUCUUUUUUUCGCGCGUUCAUCCUUCAAUACCGUAUCUCAUUAUUUUCACCUCGACCCGACCUUCCUUACGCCUUUGCUUCUGUCUCUAUCGCACCCAUCCUCCCUCUCAGAACAACCUUCGCCGUCGCCAUGUCCGUCUGGAAUCCAGAUAACAUUCGCGAUGUUGCCGAGUCGGUGGGAAUAGUCAAUCUCAACAAUGAUGUGACCGAAAAUCUCGCCCGCGACGUCGAAUACCGCAUUGCGCAGGUGCUGGAAGAGGCUCUCAAAUUCAUGCGCCACAGUCGACGGACGUUGCUUUCGACGCAGGAUGUUGCACAAGCCCUGCGCGUACUCGAUGUCGAGCCGCUCUACGGAUACGAGUCUACCAGGCCCUUGCGGUUCGGAGAGGCAUCGUUGGGGCCUGGACAACCGUUGUUCUAUGUGGAGGAUGAGGAGGUGGAUUUUGAGAAACUGAUCAACGCGCCGUUACCUAGAGUGCCUCGAGAGAUCUCAUUCACAGCGCACUGGCUAGCUGUCGAAGGAGUACAGCCAUCGAUUCCCCAGAACCCUACCGCGGCCGACUCGAGAAACCUCGAAUUGAUGUCCAAAGGCCCCAAUGCCAGCUCGACGCUCGCGGCUAUGAGUGGAGGAGGUAACGUGGCCGUCAAACCGCUGGUGAAGCACGUCUUGUCCAAGGAACUGCAGCUUUACUUCGAAAAAGUUUGCAACGCCUUCCUAGACGAAUCCAGCGAAGAAUAUCGUACUUCAGGCUAUUCCAGCCUACGAGAGGACCCGGGCCUGCAUCAGCUGGUCCCAUACUUUGUACAGUUUAUCUCCGAGAAGGUUACACAUGGUCUGAAGGAUAUUUUUGUCCUCACACAGAUCAUGCACAUGGCGGAGGCCCUUGUGCAGAACAAAUCACUUUAUGUGGACCCUUAUAUCCCAUCCCUUGUCCCGCCCAUCCUAACCUGCUUGAUUGCUCGACAACUGGGCGGCAACGCUGAGCUGACCGAGCAGUUUGCCCUCCGCGACCUCUCCGCCUCACUCUUGGGUUUGAUUGCGAAGAAAUACUCCCACUCUUCCCACACACUCAAGCCACGAUUGGCUCGUUCAUGCCUCAAGACAUUUUUGGAUCCGUCUAAACCAUUUGGUGCGCAUUACGGCGCCAUCAUUGGACUUCAUGCGGUUGGCGGUGCAGAAGCGGUGCGGGUGCUGAUUCUGCCCAACCUGCCUACCUACGGAACUUUACUGAAGGACGGAAUGGCGGAAGAGAGCCCACGGCGACCGGAGGCUGAGAGAGUUCUCGUGGUUCUACUAGGGGUUCUGGCAACGUUGCGGGAAGGACGCACGGCUCUCACCAAUGGGCACGGAGGCGUAGUUACGGAAGACCUGCGGGACCGACUGAGUGAGAAAGUGGGUGAGUUUCUUGCGUCGAAAAUCAAGGAGGUAGGAGAGGUGGAAACCGCCCGGGCCAUUCUCGACGCUUGACCCUACCGUGCCCACUGCCGACUAGUCAAGUACUAGGUACAGUGACCCCUCAUUUUUUCUUGCGCCCUGCGUAUGGGCGAUCUAUAUCUCUUUUUCGGUUGCUUCUGGUCCAGCAAAGUAUGGCGUUUUGGGAGGGAAGGGGGAGGUGUUGAUUGCAAUUCGUGGUUCUCUUUCUGUGAUACAUACAUAGGUAGUAUUGACUUUCUAGCGGUGUGAUAAUGAGAAGAAUGAGGUAUGCACGAGCAGAGGCAGACAGAAGAGGAAGUGAGGGAAGAGUACCGUCGUAGGCAGGUGAAGAGUAGAAAGGGAUGAAAGAAAAUUGGGAGAUUCAAACUUAAAG